UUGUUUUUAAUAUUUUUAUUUAAAUCCUGGCCAUCGCUAAAAUCAGAAAUGGGAUAGUGCCUAUAGCCUAUCGUAGUUUUUGAUUAGCAGCGAACAUUGAUUUAAAUCUUUUUAUAAAUUAACAAUGGCCGAAAGAUCCACUCGUAAUAGGGGUAGGAGUAGGCAGAAUAAUCAAUCAGUUCCAGGAACGGACGGCCUCGAAGAGCAGCUUGGCGAAAUAUUGGCGCGCCUUCACGCCCUUGAGGGCAGCGCGCCGGUGGUCCCGAGCCCGGCCAAUGGCGCCACCAGCCACGUGGAGCCGGACGCCAGCCACGUGGACGCGGCCAGCCGCCUGGACAUCGCUGCUCCCGGAUCCAGCACGCAGGCUCCGUCGUUGACACCCGGGGCAAGUGCUAGCACCGUCGGCGAACCAAAUGGGAGUUCUUCUGCAGCACCUGAUGCUACUGACCGUCUCAUUGGGGCCCUUACCGCAUUAACUAAAGUAAGAUCUAACCAUUACUACAUUUCAAAUUUUGAUCCAAGUUUGCAUGACAUCGAUUCUUGGUGUGAAGAGGUUGAAAGAGCACGUGAUAUCAAUCGUUGGGAUGACAAUGAGUGCCUUUCUAGGAUAGCUAACUGUUUGAAAGGGGACGCUCGUAGUUGGCUUAACGAGUGGGUUACCAACGAUCGUUCGUGGACGAACUUUAAAUUCGAAUUUAAACCGUUGUGCUCGCGAAGAAUCGAUGUUGCUAAUAUUUUAUUUAGCGUCAUGUCUACAAAUUCCGACAGUUAUACCACGUAUGCAGAAUAUGCAAGACGUUCGUUACUAAGAUUGAACAUAGUAAAAGGUUUAAGCGACGAGUUAACGGUUGCUAUUGUUAUACGAGGUAUAACUGAUGCUCAGAUUCGGGCUGCCGCGACUAACGCUCAACUAUUGCCCAGAGAUCUUGUCGAGUUUCUUUCUAUUUAUACCAAACCUAAUUCAAAUAUUGCUCAAUCAUCCACACGCCAAUCACGCAGUAGGCAAAUUGAAUCAAAUAACCUAAAACGCGGUAAUAAUUUUAAUACGCCCAAUCGUGAAUUAAAAUGUUAUUCAUGUUUUGAAAUAGGCCACCUGCAACGAUUUUGCCCUAAACGAUUUAAACAGCUUGAGGACCAGAAAAAGCCUUCUGACACUUCGUCUAAUACCACUGCGAACGUUUGCUCGUUUUGUAAAAAACCGGGUCAUGACGACACUGUGUGCUUUGCUAAGAAGCGAUCCGAAUCACGAAAUUAAAACCAUGUUAAAUUUUUGUCGAGAAUUAACGGGUAGUUCGGACGAGUGAUAUUACGACGGCGGUAAUACAAGGCAUACCUACGGAUAUUUUGAUUAACAGUAAUGACAGUGACUCUCGCUUUUAUUUAAUCAGUAUAUCCGUGCUUAAAUAUUUUGAAUACACUUUCAAGUUUUGCGCGGUAUUGGCAGCAAUAUCGUUAGCACUGGUGGUGCAACAUUCCUAGUUGAACUGUGAUUACACUUUGAAUGUUUUAUCUAUUUAUGUGUUCCCCUGAGUAUAAUACUAGUGUGCCCGUGAUAAUUGGGACAAUUGCUUUGAUUGGCAACUGAGUAUAGCAUACCUUCUGGCUUGAAUGGUAAACAUUACGUUAUUUCCUUUUUCUAAUACUAACGGUAAAAAGGACGUGUUACGUGUACAAUUCAGUAAUCCACUACCGAUCAAUAGUCCGCUUACCGGGUGAGGUUAUGAGAAAUUUUCGCAAUUAUUUAUAACUGUAACGACCGUUUGGUUGAGUUUUGGUUGAUACGACUGUUACAGACGGGAUGUAGAUUGAAUUGACAAGUAACAUUCCUAUUGAUUUAUAGAUCAUACAAAAUGUCUAUCGACGAGAAUUUGAUAGUGCACGUGACAGUUCGUGAUCUAUCUAGUUAUUAUUCACGAGUCAGUCACAGUACGCUAGCGCGCUAAAAACAGUAAAGACGCGACGGAAAAGACCAUACGUGCGUUGAUUACCGUGCGUUGAAUGCCAUUACGGUGAAAGAUCGCUUUCCACUGCCUCUGAUCGAGGACCACAUACACCGUCUUGGUAAAAGCUUGUAGAUACUUUGUUUGGAUAUGGCCACUAGCUUCCAUCAGCUAGCAUUGGAUAGCGAUUUUGAAUACCUAAAGGUCUUGUAUGGCCCUUAUAACGCACAUAUGUACACCAGCGAAUAAUAACAAUGACACUCUCGGCUGGGUUAUCAAUUACCUAACUUUAAGUCGUAGGAAAUCACGUCAGGUUAGGCCGAGGGAAAAAUCUUUGAUUGACUCUCAAUGUACUACAAACGUACGUCAAAUACGACAAUUCUUGGGCUAGUCUGUUAUUUCUGGCAAUACAUGCCCGAAUAUGCAGUUACGAUGGUUUCCUGAAUUUUCUUUCUGAAGUUUCUUUUUUAAAUAAUAACAUACAUAGCGCAUCGUUUGAUUUGUUUACAUCAUACUGCCUGACUCGAAAGGUUUUAAAUGCGUUUCAUUAAUAGUCUAUGCAUUUCAAAUAUUGUUUGCCUAAUGACUAAAGACGACUCUAAUUUGAUUUAUUUUGACAAUAGCAUUGUUAAAGUAUGUCGAUUUAAGUAUGCAAAAUUGUUUUCCUAAUAAGUACGUUUGGAUAUUGUUUUAGGGUUAUGUUAAGAGUAUAGGGCCUAGCAUACAUUGUAUAACUCCUCAAUUGCACGGUGAAAAUGGACAAGUGGAGCGAUACUGUAGUCUAAAAAUCGUCUGAAGCGAAUAUUUAAAUAAGAUAGUUUUUAUAAUUAAAACUUCGCAGAUGACUGGCAAGCUCAACUCCGAGUGCGUGGACCUUACCACGUCACGGGAGUGUGUGAUCCACACGGUUGCUACAACCUGCGACUGGUGGCCCGGCUCCUACGGCAAAACACAAACUGCAGCUGAGCGUUUGUUUAUUUGGCGCGAAAAAUGGACCCCAGAGUCAUGUGCCGCCUUCUUUGACAGUGACGAGGACACUGCACCUGGCACGAUCUUUGACUCAAGCGCUGAAACUGUCAGCCCACCUGCCGAUGAGUCAGCCGGGUCCAACUACUAGCGUCGCACCUCCUGAACCUAACAUCCAGGAGAGCCAAGCCGUAGAACGCACGAGCCGCCACCUACCAUCUGCCAGUCACACAAUA